AUGCCCGCCACCAUCGAAGUAGCUUCUGAUCUCAACAUACCCGUAACUACCAUCACCACCAUCAAUGCUGGUGUCUUUGUAGCACAGGCGUUGUCGGGGUUGAUUUGGUUGCCGGUUAGUACGAUUAUUGGACGCAAGUCUGCGUAUCUUGCUGCGAAUGCUGUUCUGUGUGUUUGUGCGAUUGGGUGCGCGACUGUGCCGAAUUUAGCUGGGUUUGCGACGCUUUGGAUUCUGGGAGGGAAUACGGGGCCGUUCUUUUUGGUUGCUGGACAGACUAUCUUGGCAGAUAUUUUUGAUCCUACGUCUCGUGGGACUGCUGUUGGGUUCUUUCUGGGGAGUUGCGUGUCGUUCAAUUCAAUCGCACCUCUUCUCGGUAGUAUCAUCGCAACAUUCACCAGCUGGCGAGUCAUCUAUGGCGUUGAAGCCGGCAUGUGUCUCUUUGGACUCAUUCUUUCUCUUCUGUUCAUCCCGAAAGCCAGUGAAGUGGAGAAUCCCAAGUUGGCUGAGACGACACGUCCUCGAACCGCCAAGGAGAUCCUUCGGACAUUCAAUCCGAUGCACGUCUUCUGCCAAUUCAAAUAUCCCAAGGUCAUCCUCGCUAACAUCGCCUGUGGUCUCCUUGGCUUCAACCAAUACGGUCUCCUCUCCUCCAUUCGCCGCGUCAUAAACCCUCGCUUCAAUCUCACAUCCCCUCUCGCAAGCGGUCUUUUCUAUCUCGCGCCGGGCGCUGGAUUUCUCGUCGGAAGUACCGUGGGCGGUAAAAUCUCCGACGUAGUCGUCAAGAGAUACAUGCGAAAGCGAAACGGGCAGAGAAUUCCUGAAGAUCGCUUGAACAGCAGUCUAGUCAGUGUUCUGAUCAUUCUACCUCUCGGAACCCUUCUCUACGGGUGGAGUGUUUAUCAUAGACUUGGUGGCAUGGCGUUGCCGAUUGUGAGUGCGUUUAUCCAAGGGUUUGGACUCAUGGCGUCAUUUAGUGGGUUGAAUACAUAUGCAGCUGAGGUUCGACCAGCACAUAGAACAGCAGUCAUUACAGGAAAAUACGUUAUCCAGUACAGUUUCGGCGCAAUGAGCGUUGGAGGCGUCGUCCCCAUGAUUGACGGCAUCGGCGUAGGCUGGGGCUUCACCGUUAAUUGUGCAGAAGUAGUUCGUUUUGAAAGAGCUUACGACAUGUUUCGCGAUUUAUUGCUUCUCACUUCGCUCUUCAGCUUCACCCUCGCCCAAAGUGGAGCUGAUCCCUACGCCCCAGUCUACACGACAUGUCCCUCCUCCCUCAAGAUCCGCAAAGCAUCAGAUGGCCUAUCCGAUGAAGAGUCAUCAUGGCGCGAACAGCGCGCUAAGCAAAUAAUUCCCAAUCUCGAAGAUUACCUCAAACUCGCCAACAUCACAAACUUCAACGUCACAAACUAUAUAAACAAGCUCAAGAGUGACGAUGUUCCCAUCGUUGGGCUCUCUGUCUCGGGCGGAGGCACACAGUCUGGCCUUGGAGGACUGGGAGUCUGGCAGGCGUUUGAUGCUCGGUCUGCUAUCGCGAGGGCUGCGAGGACGGGCGGGUUGACGCAGCUUUUCUCGUACAUCACUGGCCUAUCCGGCGGAGGCGCUGUCACCGUUUCUCUCCUGGCCGCCAAUAAUUUUACCACAACGGACGGUGUCAAAAAGGCCUCCAACUUCUCCCUGGAUUACUCAUCCGGUCCAGAUGGCAAUCAAACAGCAUUCUUCACAACCAUCUUUAAAAACAUGGGCGCAAAAGAUGAAUCCGGCUUCCCCGUCUCUGUCACAGAUACAUUCGGUCAAUUCUGGGGAACUUGGCUCCCCGAGGACAAAGUAUACAGCAACUACUCCGACAUCGCCUCCAAGAACACCGCUUUUACUCUCGGCGACGCACCAAUGCCAAUCGUAUGCUUCGCAGAAGUCAUUCCCGGAAAGUCUCCCGAAAUCGGAAAGUUGAUGUAUCCCGGCUUCAAUGAAUCUGAACGCUUCAACUUGACCGCGUAUGAAGUUACACCCUUUGAGUUUGGAAGUUGGGUUGGUGGUCGCGUUCAGGCGUUUAUCCAGACGAAAUUCCUUGGUACUUCCAUGUCAGAGGGAAGACCGCAGAAUAAAAGCGAAUGUGUACAGGGCUUUGAUAAACUCACGCUCAUGCAGGGCACGACUGCUAAUGCAUUCACUGCAUGGUUUAUCGAUUCAUUUUAUGGAAUUCCAGUUUUUGCGAAGCGGUGGCUGGAGAAGAGACAGAAGGUUAACCCGGAUAUUAACGACAUUCCUAUCCCGAAGGAUCAGUAUGAUAAUCCACUGGUUCAGCUUACGAACAUGACGGCGGAGUACUUUGACUUGACGUUCAAUGAGUCGUUGUGGGCGACGUAUCCGAAUCCGUUUGAGGAUUAUAAUGAGGAUAUGAAGGGUGUUUCGGAGCUUCUUUUAGUUGAUGGGAGUCUUACUCUUGAGAGUAAUCCUUUGCGUCCGCUGAUCAUCCCUGAUCGCAAACUUGACUUGAUCAUCGUUUAUGAAGCAUCAUCUGAUGCGCCCAACUCUUGGGUCAACGGUACCAAUCUCAUCAAUACCGCCCUCACCGCAUCCCAAGGCAACAUCCCCUUCCCCAAAAUCCCCGACGUAAACACCAUCGUCGCCCAAAACCUCUCUUUCCAACCAACAUUCUUCGGCUGCAACGCCUCAUCCUCCACCCCCCUCCUUCUCUGGCUCCCCAACGCCCCGUGGACAGGCUACACCAACUACUCCUACGCCCAAACCCAAUUCACAACUAAUCAAGUCGACAUUGCUCUUGAAAACGCAUUCCAGGUAGCCACGUACGGUAAUGGUAGUGUCGAUGAGAAUUGGCCUGCUUGCUUAGCUUGUGCGGCUAUAAAGGGUUCGUUGAGAAGAUUGGAUAUUGAGAUGCCGAAACAAUGUGAGCAGUGCUUUGAGAGGCAUUGCUGGAAUGGCACGACGAGUGAUAGGAAGGCUACGGCGGGGGAUUUUAAUCUUACGCCGAGAUUGGAGCCGGAGCUGAGCUUUGCGAAGUGGAAUGAGAGUGAUUGGGAGAAGGAGGAGAGUAUGGGAAGUGGAAGUGGAGGGGAUGAUUCGGCCGGUGUCAAGGUUGGGAAUAAUAUGGUUGGUCUGGUUUUGUCACUGAUCGCGAUGGCUUACAUGCUGUAG